UGGGGCUGGCACCGUGGAGCGGACCGGCCGCCGCGGCGAGAACGCGCCAGCCCCGCCGUGAUGCCCGCGCGCCCCAGACGCCUCCUCCCAACGCUGCCCGGGCUCCUGGCCCGGGCCGCGGUGCUGCUGCUGCUACUAGGCCAUGGCGGCGGUGGGCGCUGGGGCGCCAGGGCCCAGGAGCCAGGAGCGGCGGCAGCAGACGAGCCCCCCACGGCCGACGGCGGGGACAGGGAGGACUCUCACGCCAAGCACCUGUAUAACGCGGACAUGUUCACGCAUGGAAUCCAGAGUGCCGCGCACUUCGUCAUGUUCUUCGCACCCUGGUGCGGGCACUGCCAACGGCUGCAGCCCACUUGGAAUGACCUGGGAGACAAGUACAACAGCAUGGAAGAUGCCAAAGUCUUCGUGGCAAAGGUGGAUUGCACAGCUGACUCAGACGUGUGCUCUGCCCAGGGGGUGCGAGGGUACCCCACUCUGAAGUUCUUCAAGCCUGGCCAAGAAGCUGUGAAGUACCAAGGUCCCCGGGACUUCCAGGCCCUGGAAAACUGGAUGCUGCAGACGCUGAAUGACGAGCCUGCUACACCGGAGCCAGAAGUAGAACCACCCAGAGCACCUGAGCUCAAGCAGGGGCUGUAUGAGCUCUCCGCAAGCAACUUUGAGCUGCACGUCGCACAAGGCGACCACUUUAUCAAGUUCUUCGCUCCAUGGUGUGGUCACUGCAAAGCUCUGGCUCCAACCUGGGAGCAGCUGGCUCUGGGCCUCGAACAUUCCGAAACUGUCAAGAUUGGCAAGGUUGACUGCACACAGCACUAUGAACUCUGUUCAGGAAACCAGGUUCGUGGCUACCCUACUCUUCUCUGGUUCCGAGAUGGUAAAAAGAUUGACCAGUACAAGGGAAAGCGGGAUCUGGACUCCCUGAGAGAGUACGUGGAAUCACAGCUCCAGAGUGUGGCCAGGGGUACCCCAGAGACCGCCCAGCCCUCUGAGGCCCCGGCGCUGCCUGCAGAGCCUGAGGACAAGGGCACUGUGUUGGCACUCACGGAAAAUAACUUCGAUGACACGAUUGCAGAAGGAAUAACCUUCAUCAAGUUUUAUGCUCCAUGGUGCGGUCAUUGUAAGAAUCUGGCUCCUACUUGGGAGCAACUCUCUAAAAGGGAAUUCCCUGGUUUGGCAGAGGUCAAGAUUGCUGAAGUGGAUUGUACGGCCGAACGGAAUAUUUGCAGCAGGUUCUCGGUACGAGGCUAUCCUACAUUGUUGCUUUUCCGUGGAGGAAAAAAAGUCAGUGAGCACAGUGGAGGCAGAGACCUUGAAUCGUUGCACCACUUCGUUCUGCGCCAGGCAAAAGACGAACUAUAAAAACGCAGAUGGAAGUUGCCUGCCCUGCCUGGCCUCCUGGAACCCGGUGUGGAGGAGCCAAGUCAUGCGGAUGUUGCAAGUUUCAAGUGGCGGUUGUUCAGAAAGCUGAAUAUACUGAACUUGUGGUAUCUUCUUUAUGUGUGUGUUUUUAAGCCAGCAUACUCUACAGAUUCUUAAUUAAGUUUCUCUAAGUAAAUAAUGUAACUCAUGACCCCUUUGCAAACUAAAUAUUUUCAGUGGCAAUCUUUCAUCCCCCUUAACCUUCUCUUGAUGGAAUCUAAAUGGUUUCUUUUGAGACUAAAGUAGAGUUGAGGAAAAUCAAAUCGCUGGAUUGUUUUUGGCUCCUGAGUGACUUUGGUGAAAGCAUCAUCCAAAGCCUAGUCUUGAACUGCCCAUGAGCCUGGAAAGGGGGCCGUGUGGCAGUAUCGAUGUGCCUCUGAUCUGAAGGUCACAACGGACUUACUAAUGAUGCGGUUGGUCCGUAGCUUGGAGCAGAUUUAAAAACAAAACCCCGCACCUCUGGAAGAUACCUCCACGCCACUCCCGAUUUUGUUUCUGUUAGUACUUCUCUCAUCGUGAGAGGUUUGCCAUAAUGAAAGCAGUGGGACUUCAGACAUGUGCCUGAGUAAGAUAACGCUGAUGCCAUAAUCUUACACGUGUGUCGGUAUUUGUCAAGUCAGUCAUUAUUGUUCAAGGGAUAUAAUUCUGUUUGCUUCUCGUGGGUGAAAGAUUUCAUUAAUUAUGUUAGCAUUAAGUCAGGGUCCCUGUGAAGGUAUUUAAGUCCAUGUUGAAGUCCAUGUUUAAGAUUUGAUAUCUCCCAUGGAAAAUGUGGGCAUGGGAAGUUCCACAAGGCUGGUCCUGACUGUUCUGUUAAAUCAUAUGAAGAUUCUGGUUGUAUUCGCCACCUGAGGCGAGAGGACUAGAUGAGCUUUUCCAGUCCCAGAAUUGGGGACCAGGGGAAGCCUGCAGCCUUCCUACAGGGCCCCCAACUGGAAGCAGUUUCUGUUCUGCUCCCAGGUUGUCCUUUCAGAGGCGCACUGUGCAUCCUCUGCCUUUGAGGAGGUCAGUCUUCUGCUCUAGGGAGAGUGGGAUUAACUUGACCUAAAGACCAAAGAAUGAAGUAGGCAGCGCGGAGUCACAGCUGAAGUAGGCUGUGCUACUAUCAUUGCUAGCCUAGAGUCCUUAUAAUUCAAGCCAUCCUGGUCAUUAAGCAUUUUUACCAUCACCCUUGGAAGUAAGUAACCACAGGACUUGGCUUCCUUAAAAUAGGCACCUGUAUGUUCUUUGCUGUUAAUUUACUUCUCAUAACACCCCCUCUGUGUCCAACACUGUUCACCCUGCCCCUCUGCUUGGGGGAUCUAGUCACUUGGCACAAAGGAACUGAUGGUACGAAUCUUAGAAAUAAGACCACGUCUGCUGUCUGCGGCUGAUGACAACAGAGCAGGAUCUCGACCAGCCUCUGCCUUAAAGGAAAUCUUUAUUAAUCACGUAUGAUUCACAGAUGUUCUUU